AUGAAAAAGAGAUAUCAGCGUUGGUUAAGAAUAGGCUUGUACGUUGUCCUUGUGUUGGUGGGCCAAUCAAGUGCAAUACUCCUGGGAAGACUCUACUACCAAGAAGGUGGAAACAGCAUAUGGAUAGCAACACUCGUCCAACUUGUGGGUUUCCCUAUUCUUCUCCCAUUUUAUACUAUUCCUGCAUCCAAACACUCCAUUCACCAUAAUGAUAAGCAACCUUCUGCUUCAAUGCUGGCUUCUGUCUAUGUCUCUCUUGGCCUUCUUCUUUCAUUAGAUUGCUUCUUAUAUGCUGUGGGUCUCUCUAACCUUCCUGUUUCUACAUAUUCUCUUAUAUGCUCAUCAAAAUUAGCCUUUAAUGCCUUCUUCUCCUUCUUCCUCAACUCACAGAAAUUCACACCUUACAUCAUAAACUCUGUAUUCCUCUUAACAAUCUCCUCCAUCCUCCUCGUUCUUCAAACCGGUUCUUCUGCAGAAUCCAACAGUGAAGUUUCAGACAAAAAGAAAUAUGCGAUUGGGUUCAUAAGCACACUUGCUGCUGCAGCUGUGUAUGGAUUGAUGCUUUCUCUGACACAGCUUGCAUUCAGUAAAGUUGUAGGGGGCAAAAGUUUCAAGGCGACUUUGGACAUGAUAGUGUAUCCGUCACUUGUGGCGUGUUUGGUAACAGUGAUAGGGCUGUUUGGAAGUGGCGAGUAUAGUGUUUUGAAUGCAGAAAUGGAGGAGUAUGAGAUGGGGAAGACAAGUUAUGUGUUGACAUUGAGCUUCACUGCUAUAACAUGGCAAGUCUAUGCAGUGGGGUGUUUGAGUUUGAUUGUGGAGGUGUCUUCUUUGUUCUCUAAUGCCUUAAGCAUUGUGGGCUUGCCAAUUGUGCCAAUUUUGGGUGUUUUGUUGUUCCAUGACACAAUGAAUGGAUUGAAGGUGAUAUCUUUGGUGCUUGCUUUUUGGGGCUUUUUGUCAUACGUUUAUCAGCAGUAUCUGGAUGAGACUGAUUCCAAAGACUCAUCAACAACACACAAGCCAUAG